GUAAAUAUUAGGUCAUUUCCGCGGUGGAAACAAUGGUGGAACGCAGAGAUUUGUAAGGAAAGCCAACGUUACAUCCGUCCCUAAUACAUUCGAUUUAGUUUUAAAUAGUGCUUCUAUUGCGGCCAAUCAUGGCCAAUAAUAAUAUAAUCUUUACACCCUUUUUACCACUGAAGAAGAAACCCGAUCGAGAUUCUGAGUGGAGAAAAUUAAAGGACAAAUCCAGAAAUCGGAUUAAUAUCGGAGAAGCUUUUACCAGAUGGAGGAACCUCAAGGAGGAGAAAUCUAUGCCUACAGAUGCCGAAGUGGCUUUGUUUUUGCUUGACAGGUUAGCUGCCCCCCCCUCCACAACCUGCUGCCCCCCCUCCCUCCUCAGAACAUAUCAUUGUGAACAUCGACUGCCUGCUGCAGCUGUUUCAGCGGUGUGAGCAGUGCAGGCGUGAGAGUGUGAUCCAGACGCAGGGAGACAGGACAUGUCUCUCUGUGACCCAACACUGCCAGAGCUGCAACCACCGCAGGACAUGGGCAAGCAACGCAUCAACUGUCCAGACAAUGCACAAAGGAAAUGGAGACGAGCCACAGAAUAUUCAGGUUGACAUGCAGGUGGCCCUGCCGUCUGAGGACACAGAUGGAUCCUUGCCGUCUGAGAACCGAGAUGGGGACUUGCCAUCGGAGGACAGAGAUGAGGCUCUGGAUCUGACUGGCUCUUUGGAGAUGGAGGUGACUGUAGACCAGCCACCAAGACCAGGGGGAAGUGGCACAUCCCUGGUGAUGGGGAAAAAUGAGGGGAACAAAGGAACAGAGAAGAGAAAGAAAGUGACUAAGGUGGUGUUGGACAGUGCACGAAGCCAGGAGGACAAUGGCCUGUCCUCACAGGAGAAUGAGGAAGGAGAGGCGAGAAAGGGAAAGUCCCUAGGUGGUGAACAACAGGAGAAUGGUGCUGAGCAGCGGGCCUCUAUUGAGGUGACAAUAUACUCUAUAGAGCCUGAGAACUCUGAAAGCCCAACCUCUAGGGCAGACAGAGAAGAGAAGAAGCAGGUGGCUGCAGAUGGGUUUGAGGGGGAGGGUGAUGUGUGUGAGAUGGAGGGUGAAGAGACAGAUGAGGAAGAUAGACAGACAGAGAGUGACUCUGAAUUUGACCCAGAAGAUGAGGAAGAGGGACUGAGAGAGAGUGACUCUGAAUUUGACCCAGAAGAAGAGAAACCAACGAGUAGUAGAGGGAGAGGGAGAGGCAGGGGAAGAGGUAGGGGGAGGGGUAGUGGGAAAGGGAGAAGCCGAGGAAGGCAAUUGCAGCAGCCUACAGGAGAGACUGGUUUGGAUGAGUCUGCUGAAGACUCUGAUGGAUCACCUUCAUCAUUACCCCGGAGAGACCAGCAGGACCAGGAGUCGUUCAGCGGUGCCGCUGGAGAACUGGGCUCCGGGGACAGUGCCAGCAUCCGACAGAAAUUCAAAUACUCUAAAAAACACCACAUGGUCCUCUGUCCUGAAUGUGGCGUCCUGUACACCACCAGGCUGAAACACCAUAAGUGUGAACACAAGUUCAUGGUCCGCUGUCCAGACUGUGGGCAGGGUUGUGCGAGUGAACUGGGCCUCAAGCAGCACCGGAGGCUACACCGUCAGGACCUUAAGUUUCCCUGUAAGUUCUGCCUCCAAUCCUUCAGGACGCGGCCGGACAAGCUGACCCACGAGAAGACCCACAGAUUCAAAAGAUUAAAAGGUCACAGAUGCUACAGCUGCUCAGAGUGCCCACUGAGCUUUGACAACAUCCUCAUACGGAAUCGCCAUCUCAGAGAGCACGAGUCCAAGAGACACAUCUGUCACACAUGCUACAAGGAAUUCAACAAAGGUCACCUCCUGGAGAGGCACGCACUGUCCCACAGUGACGACAAGCCCUUCAAGUGCCAGGUGUGCCAGCGUGCCUUUGCCCAGCUCAGCCAGCUGAAGUCCCACCUGCGCGUCCACACUGGGGAGAGGCCCUUCCAAUGCCAGCGCUGCGACAAGAGCUUCAACCACAACGUUAGCCUCAAGAACCACGUCAGACGCUAUCACAGUCCAGACUCAGGGCUGGACCCUGAUGGAGGCACAGAAGUUGGGGGACAGGGGGGGAGGAGGGAAACAGAUGGCAGGACUGGGCAGAAGGGAGGGGAGGUGAGACCGAGGAAGCCUCGGCAGCAGGUAGAGCUUACCUUUAUGACUGAGUGGGAGAUGUGGGCAGGAGGAGAGGGAGCAAAGAGAGUGGAGGCGAAACAGAGGAAUAGGAAACGCCAGUGCAAUGAUGAUCCUGAAGAGGAGGAGAGGCAGCGAGAGAGUGACUCUGACUUUGACCCAGAGGAGAAGAAGAAGAUGGGGAGUAGUAAAGGGAGGGGGCCAGGGAGAGGAGGGGGGAGAGGAAGUGGAGGGAGUCACUAGCAGAGGCCUACAGGAGAGACUUCUGCAGGCACUGUUGUUGGAGAGAUGGGGGGACAGAGAGACAAAGGCUGUAUUCAUUAGUGCACACUGUAGCAAAACAUUUUGUAACCGAAAAUGAAAACAAGCGUUUAUUGGACAAGUUCAGGUACUGCCUCGCCGUUAUGGCCCGUUUGCUUCUGAUUUGUUCUAGUGAAUAUGACUUAAAUAAAAUGUUUUUUUGUUUUUUAACUAGGCAAGUCAGUUAAGAACAAAUUCUUAUUUACAAUGACGGCCUACCCCAGCCAAACCUUAACGACACUGUGGGACUCCCAGUCGUGGCCGGUUGUGAUACAGCCCGGAAUCGAACCAGGGUCUAUAGUGACACCUCUAGCACUGAGAUGCAGUGCCUUAGACCGCUGCUUCACUCGGGAGCCCCAAGACUAAGAGCAGGAAACAUCUCCUGGCACUAGAAUUUGUUAUCCUCAUGUUCUGAACUUAGAACUUUUCCGGAUUCCCAGAACCUGAUUGAAACCUAAUUCUGGACUAUAAUGCAGUUUAAUGGACAUGCUUUCAAUUGCAGGACUAAGCAUAAUCUGUAUCUGGAUAGCACAGUUCUGGUAAAACCAUUGUUCAUUAAAUGUGUUGUGUUACCUUAAAAUGAAGCUGGUUGAGAGAAUGCCAAGAGUACAAAGCUGUCAUCAAGGCAAAUGGUGGCUACUUUGAAGAAUCUAAAAUAUAUUUAGAUUUGUUCAACUCUUUUUUGGUUACUACAUGAUUCCAUAUGUGUUAUUUCAUAGUUUUGAUGUCUUCAAUAUUCUACAAUGUAGAAAAUAGUGCAAAUAAAGAAAAACCCUUGAAUUAGAAGUUGUGUCCCAACUUUUGAAUGGUACUGUACAGUAUCAGUCAAACGUUUGGACACACCUACACAAUUAUGGUUCAACACAUUGCACAUUAAAUGUGUAAUGUUGCCAUAAAAUGCUGUUUCUGUGCUCUAUAUGGUGUCAUGAUCAUCACUGAUCACACCUAGUUUGUGUGAUGUUUCAUAUACGCUAAUGGCAGGUAAUGCACCAGGACCUAGUGUUGAAUGCACCAGUAUCAGAUUUUUCAACCCAGGUACUAGCAACAUAUGGGCCUCGGAAGUACUGCACCCCGGCUUAACACUUUAAUCAUUAUUAAAUAUCCUAUUCCAUUAAUGUAACGAUAAAAUAUAUAAGAGAAGUCUCAGUCGGAGUUAGAUAUCCAUGGAAGAAUGAAUAAGCAAGGUCGGGUGAAGUGUAAGAAGAUCAUUUAAUUCAUGCGCAGUGUCUUUUCUGGGCCUUGGCAGUCAGUUUAAUGGGGAAAUGUGAUGAGCAGUGCUACAUACACCAUGAUAGGCUGACCACACUGCUCGCGUCGCGUGCGCGAGCGUUGCAAAAUCAAUUUAGAAAUCAAUGUUAUGCAAUUAUUGCACCCACACUGCUUGCGCGCGUCAAUGAGCGUCUGCGUUGCCAUGGGCUAAAAUAGAAGUCAUUCCUAUUUCUGAUGCAGAUCGCGCUGCAAGUCCUGCCUCUCCCAUCUCCUCAGUGGUUUAUAGAAGCAGGUACCCAUGUGCCAUCUCCUCAUUGGUUAUACCUAUGUGGGUGAUUGAAAGAUGAACUGUUGCCGGUUGUCGUGGUAAUACUAUGAAAGUUUAGAUGCCAAUCACCAUAUAAGUUAAACGAUGAAAAAGCCUGGAAGGAGGAGCGAUGACUAUAAACAAUUCGGUUGACUGUUUUUAUGUGUGGAUUAAUUGUCGGAGUAGAGGACCUUGUGCAUUUCAGGUAAAAUAACAACCUAAUGUUUAUAUCCCAGGACAAAUUAGCUAGCAACAGCAAGCUAGCUAAAUAGGACAAAUUAGCUAAUAAGUGCAAGCUAAAUUGCCAUAAAUGUUUAAUGCUUUUUGACCGGUCCCCAAAUUAAUGUAAUUGGUUCAGAGUUUGUUUUGAUAUUUUAACCUGCGUGUCGUGAUCGCAUUUGGUGUAGGGGGACAAAAUUAAUUUAUGCACGAUGGCGCAUGCGCGCAGCCGGUUUGGGUUCCAUGUGAGUGGGACAACAUAAAAUUACUGUCGCCUUCCUCCGUAGUCUAGAUAAUAUCCACAACAUGUUUUAUUUUGCAUGGACGACUGAAGACAAUUUUGCACAUAUCGGAAUUCACAAAAUACUAAGGUGAGUUUGCGGGAUUAAGCCGCGCUUCGAUUGGACUGCAAACUGAAUCUGAUUUAUAGUGCCUUCAGAAAGUAUUUGUACCCCUUGAUUUAUUCCACAUGUUGGUGUUGCAGACUGAAUUCACCCAUCUACACACUGCCCCAUAAUGACAAAGUGAAAAUGUGUAAUAAGCCAUUUACAUAAGUAUUCACACCCCCCGAGUCAAUACUUUGUAGAAGCAACUUUGGCGGCAAUUAAAGUUGUUUUUGUCUUAGAUAUGACGUAUCAGUUUUGUACAUCUGGAUUUUCUCAAACUGUUUAAUUGGAUGGGGAGAGGCUGUGAACAGCAAUUGUAGUCUUUUCCACAGAUUUUCAAUGGGAUUAAAAUCUGGGAUUUGACUGGGCCACUCAA